UCCUCUCUAUCACACAUCAGACUUUUCCCAGUGGAGCUGGAGAACAGGCUUCAAUGAAAACUGCCUGUUUGCAGCCAUAUGAUUACAGCUACCACAAGCACUAUUUCCUCUACCUGACCUGGAGCAGAAACAUCAUUAUCAGGAUAGAAAGGGAACCUUGUUGCCUAGCAAAGGUGGGAUGAUUUAUCUCUGUCUCUAGAUUGGUCCCUUUUCUUUGCUGCACAAGAGAAUUGUUUUCAGACUUCCAAGGAGAAUGAAGCCAGGCUAGAAAUCGGAGUGGAUGUAAAACAGCUGCUCUCCCAGGGAGAAGUCACAGGUUUUCGUUGCUUUUUGUUCCUGUGCAGCUCAGGACGAUGGUUUUGUCUGCCCCAAUUAUUGCCCUUGGGGCUACCUUAGGGACUGCAACUAGCAUCCUUGCCCUCUGUGGUCUCACCUGCUUCUGCAAAUACAAACAACCUGGGAAAGGACUCUCAGAAAAGGACCAAGAUGAGGACAUGGAGAAUGCUAAGCCCAGUGUGCUUCAGCCAGCCCAGCAAUUCAACGUUAAGAAAACUGCAGAGCCAGUCCAGCCUCGAGCUCUUCUGAAGUUUCCUAACAUUUAUGGCCCCAAACCAGUUGUAACUUCACCUGAAGUUGUUAACUACACACAAUACUCCUUGAAGACAACAGAAGAACCAGUUACUGUAAAACACGCUGUUUUGGAUGAGAACAGGAUGAAGAUACAAGUCAAUGAAGAACUGUUUGUUCUCCCUCAAAACGUUCCAGGUGUGGUAAAGGAUGUGUGUGUCACGGAGCACUUGAAGCCUGAGCGAGCAGCCAGCUGUAACCAGGUCCCUGAACUGCGCUAUUCCCUCACAUAUGAUCAACAAAAAGCCGAGCUGUGUGUGGCUCUUCUGGAAGCUAUGCAUGGCAAAAUGAGUAGUGACCAAGAAGCUGGCUGCCAUUGCUACAUACUGGGCACACUGGUGAGCAAAUCUGGCAUGACUGAAGCCCAGACAGAGCUGAAGAAGAAGGUGCUUCACACCCUUUGGGAGGAGGCCCUGCGAUUCCCAUUAACCGAGGAGGAGAUGCAAGAGGGGACACUGACUCUCACCUUGAGAAAUUGUGACAAGUUCUCCAGACACAGCAUUGUGGGGGAACUCAAGCUGAGCCUUGCUAACAUGGAGGACUUCCGGAUGGCCCAGUGGGAAAGGCUAAAGACCCCAGAGAAGGAGCCAUCUACGGGCCAUGGGGAAGUUCUGCUCUCUAUCAGCUACCUGCCAGCUGCAAACCGCCUGCUUGUGGUGAUUAUUAAGGCUAAAAAUCUCCAUUCCAAGCAGCUGAAAGACCUACUUGGCAAUGAUGUUUCUGUCAAGGUGACCCUGAGGCAUCAGUCCUUGAAGCUGAAGAAGAAGCAGACCAAACGUGCUAAGCACAAGAUCAACCCCGUAUGGAAUGAGAUGAUCAUGUUUGAGGUGCCUCAUGAGCUCCUACGUGCCUCCAGUGUGGAGCUGGAAAUGCUGAGCCAGGAUGGCGCUGGGCAAAGCCAAGUGCUCGGCAAGUGCAGCCUGGGUUUGCAUGUCACAGGCACAGAGAGGAACCACUGGGAAGAAAUGCUGAGGAACCCCAGGAGACAGAUUGCCAUGUGGCACCAGCUCCACAUGUAGGCACACUAUGACUACUGCCAACCAGAUUUCCACCAAGCCUCUGAGUGUGGGGAAAUAAGCUGCAUUUCACCUUCUACUCUCCCAUCCACCAAGUGGCCUGGCACAGCAUUCUUCGUAGGCCAUCCUCUCUGAUUGCCUGCCAAAGGAAACCAUCUGGAAAAAGUAUUUAGAGGACAAUUGCUCACCCAACCAAGUGGUUCUCUCAAGUAAAGGGUUUGGCUGUCUGGAUGAUUUGAAUUACUUCUGUUAGCCUGCCCACUGUCAUUCCUUCCCAGUUUCUGCAGAGAAGCUGAGGGGAUCAGAGGGAUCACAGAAAUCUGAGCUGCUCCUUGGCAUCUGGCACUUUCACCCAAGUUCCCUGGUGGGGGCUGGCUCCAUAACAUGCAGCAGUCAUUUUGCCAGUCGCUGUUUUUCAUAAUGCUUUGCAAGAUUGUGAGAAAUGAAGAUCACAAAAUUAAUGCUGGCUUCUGACCCAAAGUAGCAGUACGGAAGAGAGAGAAGCCAGGUGGAAGCAUAGACAAACAUGCAUUAGAUGGAUAUCUGUAAGUAGAGAAGGAACAGAGGGAGAGACAGUCAUUCUAUUACCCAGUGUAGACUUUGAAGCAAACACUGCCAAACCAGAAGUCAAGUAUUUUCCUUCGCUUUUGUUUCUUAGAGUGUUUCAUACCUUAGAUUUAGGGUUCGUGAAAACUGUUGAAAGCAUGAAAGUUUCAGAAUCCUUUAACAAAUUACCUAUCUGUUCUAUCUUUCUACAUCACCCAGGAAGAUGAUAAACGUGGACAACAAGUUAUUAUUGAUGUUACCUCCAAAAACUAGGACCAAAUCCUUCUGCUUACUGACAUUCUUCUCUAGGAAUUUCUGAUUUGAAAAAGUUUCAAAUACAGUAAUCAUAUUCCAGGCAGCAUCUAGACAAAAGAAGUGGGACCAUUUCAUACCUUAGCAUUUGAGUGAUGGUUUUGGUUUGAAGUUAACUAUCACACUCAAAUCUUCAUACCUGCAUUACUUGAAGAAAACCCUUCAGAACAACCACAUAUUUCAUCACUUUCAGACAGAAAGAAUUAACUGACCAGACAUACUCUCUAGGGUUUGGUUUUUUGUGUGCACUUUCAAGAUUUGACGUGGAUUAAAUGUUACUAUUUACUGUUCUUCUAGUGUCUGGAUAGACUGAAAAGCUGGCAUCGGCAGCAAUGAUAUUAUGUUCUCAUAAGCACACUGCUUGUUCUACCACUUUAUUUCAAGUAGUAGAAACAGUUCUGAGGGACUUGUAUGGGGACAAGACAUCCAAAAGUCUGAAAACAGAAUCAUAUGAUUUGUAUCACUGAAAAACUCUGAGAACUUCAUUUUUUGCAGGGUCAGUUUGAUCUUCUGUUUAACUCAAAAUAUUAAACUGGGCUUUAUCUAGAAUAAAUCCCAUUUUGCUGGUUUAGCCAAACAAGUCUAGUAAAUUGUCAGGUGAAGGCUACCACUCUGCAGUGGUAUGAAAUGUAAAGUCCUGCAGCUGAGGAGGAACAACUCCAAGCUUCACUACAAGGCUGGGGCCAAGCAUCUGGAAAACAGCUUUGCAAAGAACCUGGGCCCUGGUGGAAACCAAGUCAAACAUAAACCAGCAGUGUGCUUUUGCAUCAAAGAAGUACAACAGUGCCUUGGGCUGCAUUAUGAAAACCAUUGCCAGCAGGUCAGUGGAGGCGAUUCUACUCAGCCCUGGUGAGGGCACAUCUGGAGUGCUGUGUCCUGUUGGCUUCCAAUGCAAGAAAGAUUUGGAUUUACUGGAGCAAGUGCAGCAAAAGGCCAUGAAGAUGAUUAAGGGAGAGAAGCAUCUUUUGUACGAGGAGAGGCUGAGAGCUGGCACUGUCCAGCCUGGAGAAGAGAAGGCUCAAGGGGAAUCUUAUCUGUGUGUUUAAGUACCUGAUCAGGGAUAGGAGAAAAGAAGAUGGAGACAGACUCUUCUCAGCAGUGUCCAGUGACAGCAUAAGAGGCAAUGGACACAAAUUACAAUACAUGAAACUGUAAGUGAAUGAGAGAGAGAAAAAUACAGAAGGAAAGAAAGAGAAGAAAGAAAGAGAGAAAGAGAGAAGGGAAGAAAGAGAAAGGAGGAAAGAAGGAAAGAACGAAAGAACGAAAGAAAGAAAGAACUCUUCAUUUGUUUUUCAUGUGAAGAUGAUUAAACACUGGAUCAAGUUUCUGAGAGGUUGUUGAUCCUUGGAGACAUUCAAAACCUGGCUAGACAUGGUGUUGGACAAUCCUGCUGUAGUUUAUCCUGCUUUGAACAGAGCCGAACAGAUCAACAAGGAAAAUGAACACGAAAAAACGUUAUCUUUACAUUGCUAUUCUCAUUAUAGGUGGUGUAGCAGUGAGUUACAUGGUCACUUUGAAGAAAGAGAUAAAAACAUCCUUGACCAAACAAACAAACAAGCAGAAAAAAAAAAUCAAAAUACAUUGAAUAUUAUAGCUAAUGGUUUAAUCUCUGAUAUUGCUCCACUGGCUAGGAGAGAUUUAAUUAGAAAGAAAAUUGAAUUCUUGUUUUGUUCUAGGGGUUUUUGUUUAUUAAGAAGGAGCUGUAGGAUCCUGUGAGGAAACUAGACAUAGCAGAAACAUAGUUGAUAGCAAAUUCUUAAUAGUUUCUGUGUUCUGUGUUCGGUUGUCUGCACAUAUUCCUAUAGAUUUGGAAUAAUCAUUUCCAUUUAAGUGCAAAAUUCAUUGUCACAUUGGUUUAUUCUACCUAUAGUUCCUGGCAGCAAUGCAGUUCUUUCUUCCUUUUAGGAUAAUGAUAAGAAGAACAGCUUCAUGGUAUGAUCCUAUUUGGCUGGCAAUGAAAAGCCUGAAGGGCCAAAUAUUUGUCUUGCUGCCAAGAGAUUUCUCUAGUUCUGCCUCCUGCUUAUUUUAAUGAACCUUUUAUAACAUCUUGGUGACUGAUUGUAAACAGCAUUGUCUGCCUCUGCCCCUGGUGAUUCUGGCACACCCGGUAAUUAGAUAGCAAUCCUACAGAACCUAAAAAAUAGCCUCUUGAAAUCUGAUUUUCCUGUGAAAAAAAUAAUGUCCUCUUUUAUAGCAGAGAAAGAUAUGUGCACGCACUUAACCACAAAACAGUCUUAAGACAGAAAGUGGUAUCAUCAGAGUUAAAGACUGGUGUUGUUCCUUCCUUUGCUGUAUGCAAUUGAAAUGGGAACAAAUGUAUGCAUCUUUCCUGACUGGAUCUUUUUUAUUGUCUGGCAUUUUAGCCUGGGAAAGAAUGCUUUUUGCAUUCAUCUCAGUCUUAAGAGGCUGCCAGGUGUUGAUUUAACGAGGCAGGAGCCGUUCUAGGGACUGAAAGGCAGUGCAGUUAAGGGUGCUGGCUCCCAUGAACAGAAGGAAUGUUGCGUACGUGUGGUACUGGAGAGGCAGGGACGCCCAACCCUGGCCCUUUUGAACUUUGUUAAUAGGAGCUGUUUGUCAUCAAAUUCCUGCGCCUGUGCAGUGCCCUGCCUUUAUGCCACAAAACUGCCUGCAUCACAUGUUUCACCGUGCUUGCAUGCCCUGAGCCCCAGCACCCCAUGGGCUGUAGGAACUAAAUUGGUACAAGCAGAUGAACUGUAGAGCUAUUGUGGUAAAUGGCAGCACUAUAUAUAUAAACAAAAAGUAUCCGGAAAUUCUCAGUGUCAUCAUUUAUGGUUGGACUAGAAGAUCUUAGUGGUCUUUUCCAGCCUUAAUGAUUCUAAGAUUCUAUGAUUCUAUAUCACGUGACAGUAAGUUAUGACAAUUAAUGUUCUGAAUUCACCUGUGUGACAAAGAAGCCAGGUCAGUAGAUUCCCCAAUGGCAAUUCAGAGAUUGCACUGAUCCUUCUGCCUACUAUUAAUCCAUCAACAUGUAGAAACAUUAAGGCUGGAAGCAAACAAGCUGUAGAGAUUAAAAACGAAAAAACAACAACAAAAAACCCACACAAAACAACAACAACAAAAACCCUAGGGAAUUUGUGCUACUGUAGGUAAGAUGUAAAAGCACACAUAAUUGACUGUCCCUAAAACACAGAAUCACGAAAUCACUAAGGUUCAAAAAGACCACUAAGGUCAUCUACUCCAACUCAUCAACUCCAUUCUUAUUACUGCCCUUGGUCCCUUUCUCCAGUUGUAAGGGGCAGUGGUUGCAGUUGGUGCCUUGUAAAUAGAUGAAGUAUUUCCCUCAAUUCUUGUCCCAGGUAUCCUUGAAUGAUGAAAGGAACCAUGUUCACUUUGCAAAGCGGAAAUACAUCAGAAAUUAAUGGAAAACUCACUUCAACAAGUCUGGGAUAAGGCUGGGAAAAUUUUCAGGCUCAACUCUUCUCCCAGGCAUUACUGUGCUUUCAACACUCUGAACAAAAGCACCUUGAAUUUUGCAAGGAUUUGUCAUCAGUACUAUGUGUCCCAAGACACAUUUUUUAUCAGAAUGGAGGAGUUUGUAAUUUGAGCUUCACAAACAGAGCCUAAGGUUUGUCCACAUUUUCCUGAUGUCCGUGAAUCUGAGAUUCUGGACACGAUCCCCACCAAACAGUGUGCAGGAAACUGCAAGUCACAUCACUUACUUGCUUCCUAUGAUGCCCACCUGAAAAGGCAAAUUGUGCAGUGACUUCCCACCUUUGCAGCACGAAGACACAAAGGCUGCAGGUUGCAUACUAUGCAUUAUAGUCCAACUGUUUGUCACCGGCAAGCACAUGAUGCACAAAAAGCAAUGUUGUGGGAAAUAGUCUAAAAAUGAUAUCAAUAGCAGGGCUUGAGUUAAGCACAAUGACAUUUAGUUAAAUCUGGGAGCCAAGAUGUCUUGGACCAUGCUUCUUACACUCUUUUGGAGGUCAGUUUGAAGUUUGAUGAGAUUGAAGGGUGGAACUUUGGUAGCAUCUUUUAUGUAUUUUCAAGUGUAACUAAGUCUCAAGAUAAAUUUGGUUCGUUUGCUGAAUGAUAAGCAUGAUGAGCAAAAUCUAAUACUUGACACUUUAUAUUGUUUCUUCUGUUGGUAAUAUCAAACUGCACAAUAGUAGCAAAGUGGAAUAGUGCUUCAUGUCCUUCCAGCAUGAGAAGGCUUUUCUGCUUACUCAGUCCUUCAGUGUCCAAAUGUGUGUAUUGCACAGAGCAGGUAUUGUUUGUCAAGAUGAUACUGUAAGCACAGUCCAAAGCACAAACACAGAGCAUGAGACUCAGCCUUUGUGUCUACCAUUAGAGCACAAAAUGUAAAUGACCACAAGUAAAUAAUUCCAA